AUGGAUGGAGAUGAGGUGACAUUGACUCAAGCCCGAGAAACUACGAGAGUAAAAUCACUACAAGCUGGGGCAAGUUCUAGAGAGAGAAGAAAGGAUUACGAGGCCCCCAAAGCAAUGGCAAGCCAUCAACAACAAGAACGAGCACGCGAUGAAGCUCACUUUCUAUCAGAAGCUUCACUUGAGUAUUCUUUAAAUCUCAUAGAGCGUCGUCUUGAGGAAAGGCGUGAAAUACAAAGAGAAGAAGGCACAAGCUCAGCUAUAUGCAUCUUCAGGCUUCCUCGUAGCCUUGUAGGUAUCAAUAACAAGUCCCAACAGCCUGAGAUUGUAUCAAUAGGCCCUUACCAUCGUGGCAAGAACCAUUUGCUCAAGUUUGAAGAGCACAAAUGGUCAUUCUUAGACAAACUUCUUUCUCGAAUAAGUUUUACUGAAAGAAAUCUAUAUGUCUGUCUUGGUGAGAUGAGAGAGCUAGAAAAGCGCACAAGAGAGUGCUACUCUGAUAACAUCCUCAUGUCUAGUCAUGACUUCAUUGAAAUGAUGUUACUAGACGGGUGUUUUGUGAUUGAACUCUUACGGCAUCUUGGUCAUAGUCAAGACGUCAUCAAUGAGGAUGAUCCUAUCUUCACAAGGCCAUGGUUGAUUCCAAUACUCCUAAGGGACCUCCUGAAGCUGGAAAACCAGAUUCCAUAUUUUGUUCUUCAAUAUUUGUUUGAAUGGUCUCGAGGUUUGAGGGAUAAUAAAGCUGACGACCUAUCUGUUCUUGCUUCGAAAGUUUUUGAUCUAGCCUUUCCAAGGUCUAGGGAAAUUAUCUCCACUAUCCACCAUCUAGAAGCCAAGCAUCUACUCGACUUGGUUUACUUGAGUCAUCUACCCUCCAAUCAAGUCACCAAUUUCCGAACGCUAGAGGAAUAUCGUCCAUCAAAUCAGUCAAUACAAUGCAUUACGCAACUGCGUUCAUCAGGGAUCAAGUUCAAGUCUAAUAAAGAUAAUAGCUUCUUAGACAUAAAAUUCAAAAACCGGGCGCUUCAAAUUCCUACCAUUACCAUCAAUGAUUUCACCAGCACCCUUCUCAUAAACUCUGUUGCCUGGGAACAAUACCAGGAAGAUAUUGGCUCCAAAUACUUCACAGACUACGUCUGUUUCAUGAAUUGUCUGAUCAACCAACCAAGAGAUGUCGCAUUUCUAUGUAUGGAUGGAAUAAUCACAAGAUUCUCGCAAGAUGACCACUCUGUCGUGAAUUUGUUCAAUAAACUUGGGAAGAACGUCGUCUUCAGCAAUCAAAAUUGCUAUCUAUCUAAGCAGUUCAAAGGAGUAGAGGCCUAUUACAGCAGCUAUUGGGGAACCAUGAUGCGAACUUAUUUUAGCAGUCCAUGGUCAUUUAUUUCAGUCUUUUCUGCUUUCAUUGUCAUAGUUCUCACUAUGAUACAGACUAUCAUGUCUGUCUUGAGUUACUGUAGACAAUUUGGUUAG